AUGCAUGUCACCAACCAAUCAACCAGACAAACCGACACCACACCCACACAGACGAUUGAAGAUAUUGACACAUACACGUGAUCUACACAAUGGCCUCGCUCGCCUGCUGCAGCGAGGGGGCUCAUGACACGAAUGUCCAUCUAUAGCGUCACACAUACAUUCUCCAGCCUCGCUGCCCGGAACAAGCUAGCUACACCGAGAGAGACUGAGAAAGUCACAGGUACCUACAGCGCCCCUCCCACACACAGCCAAGCAGACACGCCGACAGACAGACAGACAGACAGUCACCUGAGCGUCAGUCUGCUUCGGACUUCAACAGACGGCUCGAAGCCGUUGUCGAUCAUCGCCGCUGACGCGACGUGAUAUGAAUACUCGAAGACCUCCGGUCUAAAAGAGAAAUCCAAACCUGAACACACACACACGAGGGCUGUGUCUGUCUGUCCAUGACGGUCUCCAUUGCCCUGUCUGUCUGAAAGUCUGUCUGUUUGUUUGUUACCUCUCUCUAGACACUGCGCUACACAGUUGAAAUCUAAACCAGACACACAGAGAGCCAGACAGACAGACAGACAGACAGACAGACAGUGGCUGAGUCCAUCCGGCUGGCCUCUCUUGGUGUGUGCAGAUCGAUCAGAGUUAGUUGCUCACAGAAGGCAGACACCCACGCUUUGAACACCUCGAAGUCCUUGUCUGAGCCAGGCGGUCUGCAGCAACAGCGAGGCACAACACAAAUGCGCGCGCAUACACACACAAUACACAGACGUACACCACUUACCUCUUGCCCUGCAGGAUUUGGACCAGGAUGGCCUCACUGUCGGUCAACCACUGCAGAACCUCCUCGUCGGUCGGAGACGGGCCGGCCUUGCCCAAGAAGCGCCUCUGUGCACACACGCACACACACACACGAACGCGCACACAUACAAACACACUGAGAGAGACUACGCUGGCCAUCUCUGCCCCCUUACAAGUAUGGCGCCGAUAUCAUUGAACGCCUCGACGCCGCGUUCAAGCUUGAAUCGGGGCGUGACGGCUUGGAGAGGGCGGUGCCGUAUCCGAAGGCCAUUCGGCUUGCCGGCGAUGCCGACUCUCUGGGCGACUGGGGUGAGGAACGCCCUUGGGAACGCCGACGACGACACUGCCGCUGCUGCUGCUGCCAGGGAGAGAGCGGCGACGAACGUGAACGUCAGGCGCAUGGGAGAAUCAUGGAUCAGCAGUGCUCGAGGAAAAG